AUAUAUCUUUAUGAAUUAUAAUUUAUUACUGAUUAUAAGAAUAAAUUUUUAUUAAAAAAAAAAUAACAAUAUAAAUUGAUAAAUAUAAAUAUGAUACAUUCGAAUGUGAUAGAAUUUUUUUCAAUUUACAUUUUAACACUAGAGAGCGCAAACAUCAGUAUUAGUAGUGAAUCUACGAAGGUUUCUACAUAACUUUACUUGUAAACACGAAAUUAUAAUUAUGUUUAUGAAGUAUUCAUAAUAAAAUUUUUUACUUAAUUCUAUAUGUGUUUUGUUAAAUAUUAAUAUUUAUUAUACUUUAUGUUUAUAUAAUGAUUGCCAUAUUUUCGAAACGUUUUUUCUCAAGUCAACAUUUCUAUUAUCUUUACUUUUUCUUUGUAUAUUUAUUACUUUUCCUUCCAGGUAUGUUCGUUUCCAAAGUCAACAUUGAUCAUAAUAUAAAUAAUCUGUGAUAUGCAGGAUUAUGUUACUUAUUCUUAUUAUUUGAAUAACUUAAUUUAACAUAUAGGUACAUUGUGUAUAAUACCAGAAGCAAGUCAAGAAAGUAUACUUCAAUCCUUUGAAAGUUAUUCAGAUGUAUCUAUGUUUCAUUUCAAUGUUCCAAAGGAAAUCCUUAGAGCAACAUGGCAAUUUGCAGCAUUCAUGGAUGGACCAAAUUGUCCCCAAAGGAAGGUGCAUAUGUUAGUGCCUUUUCCAUUUGUAAAUACAUUUACGAUGGGGUAGUUAUCCUGUAUUAUCUAUUGAUAAUAUGACAUUUCCAACAAAUAUGUAUCCAUUAAAUAAUGAUACACUGGUAAUUUCAACUGAUACAUUUUUUGAACCAAAGAGUAUGGCUGUUAUACCAAUUUAUGGACCACAAGCUGGGGAUUGGUUUGUGGCAGCAUAUUUAUCUCAUUGGGAUAAAAAAGUUCAACAACAAGGCCUUUUUCACAAAUGUCAUUAUAGCAUAGGUUCUGUAGCAUUAUGGGUAGGAGCAAAUGCUAUAGAAAAUAUACCUGUAGGUUAUCAAACCACAUUGAAAACAAAAGAAACAUCUUCUUAUUACAAGAUAUAUGUGCCAUCUGGAAUAUCAACUUUACGUGUUUACAUUUGGGGAUGUAAUUUUACUGUAGAUUCCUUUCGUAAUAUACAUAAAUCUUGCAUUAAAAAUAUAGCUUUACAAGGUCGUGUUUUACCAAUAUAUAAUAAUACUCCUUCAAGUAAUACUGGAAAUUUGACCAUGCUAGAUUCUUAUACAUUUACAAUAUCUUCCCCAUAUGAAGAUAGUUAUUACUAUUUGUUAGUUAUUUCAGAUAGUAUAAUAGAAUUUAACGUCAAAGUUAGUAUUUCAGAAUGUCCCAUAAAACUAAUAGAGAAACAGUUUAUAAAACAGUACUUAGAUGUGUCAUCAAUUACUGAAAAAGUGACACAAAUAUCAGCAAAAAAUCUGAGAGAACAUAAAACCUAUGAUGUUUGGAAUCGUAACAUAAAUUCAUCUAAUGAUUUGAUAGAUCUACAUAAAAGUCAGUUUUAUGUACGGAAAGAAAAUUCUGAUAUAGAGGAUAAAUGCUUUCCAAGAUAUCAACUUGUUAGAGUUAAACAUUCUCAAGUAUUUUCUUCAAGUUAUUUAUUGCAAGGAAGAGAAUGGUUAACUCCUUGGUUGGUAUUAAUGGACUCAUAUCCAAUAAUAAUACAGUUUAAUAUUUUACCUUUAGUAGAUAUUGGAGGUACUCUUGAAAUUAAUAUUCAUUUAGAAAUGUAUGAGACGAUGACAAAACAAUUAAUCAUUGUAGCUGUUUGUAUUCAAAGAGGUCAUGCACCUAAUAUACUAGAAAACAAAGUUGUAUGUGAAGAUAAAAAACUAUUUAUGAACUUGUCUUCAUCAGGUAAACAUGAUGAAAGUAUAUUAAUACCAUAUCCACAACCAGAUACAUGGUAUAUUUUUUUACAAGCAACAUGUUACAUAAAUGACCAUGCUGUAAAUUGUGAAAUGGAAGAAAUUUUAGUAUCAUUGAAUAUUCAUACAAGACAAUGUGUAUUUUCUGGUAAUAAUUCAUGUGGUCAUCAUGGAAUUUGUCAAGAAAUUCAUAGAAAUCUUCUUGUCUAUACGGCUUGUGACUGUUUUGAAGGAUAUAAAGGAUGGGGUUGUACUGAUAUAAUUACUAUUAAUCCUGGUACUUCUGCUGUUAUAACAACAUUAAUGUUGACAUUAAGCAAUGGAUUCUUCAUACCAGCUAUAUAUUUAGCUAUAAAACGAGAACUUUAUACAGAAGGAUUGAUUUAUUUAUCUACUAUGUUAUCUUCUACUCUUUACCAUGCUUGCGAUCAACGUACUACAAAUUAUUGUAUUACUAAAUUUGAAGUUUUACAAUACUGCGAUUUUUUUUCAAGUAUAUUAGCUUUAUGGGUAACACUUGUAGCUAUGGCAAGAUUACCUAUUCGUUUCGUAUCUUUUUGUCAUAUGCUUGGUGUACUUCUAAUUGCAUUUGAAGUGCAAUCUGAUAGAACAAGUUUAAUUAGUAUAUUGAUGCCUUUGACAAUAGGUGUUAUAAUACCAGUUGGAACAUAUAUAUAUCGUAGUUACCAUCUAAGAAGUUGGAAGAAACCUAACAGAUUAUCAAAGCUGUUAGUAGGCUUAUUAUUAGCGGGUGUAGGCUUACUGCUCUUUUUUUUAGUUGAAACAGAAGCAAAUUACCAAUAUGUCCAUAGUGCGUGGCACAUAGUAAUAGCUAUAUCUUUAAUAUUUUUAUUACCACCUGCACGGACAGAGCAAUUAAAUAACUCGGAUAUUAAUUCUUUCACAGAAGAUAGUGAGUUGUUAAACUAUAAAGAUUACCUUGAAAGUCCAGUAUUUACAGUAAUAAAUAGGUAAGAAAGUUUAGUAAUGUUGUUCAGAUAAAUAACAAAAGCAAAAGUUUGCCAUUUAAAACUUUCUUAUAAUUAUAUUAUGCCAAAAUAAUAUUAUAAUUGAUAAUUAAAACUAACAAAAUAUCUAUAAGUAUAGGAAUCUUUUAUAUGUUUAAUAAGCAAAAUAAGAACAUGAUAAUUCAGUAUAUUACAUACGAGAAUUAUUUUUUUAUUAAAGAUCAAUAUAUUUUUUAUAAAAAUAUAUUAAUCUCUAAAUUGAACAUAUUUUAUAUAUUGGAUAAGAUGCAUAAAAUUUGUAAUAAUGCGAAUCAUAAUAUAUAGGAGAUAUUAGCUUUGCUAAUAAAAAUCAAUUUUAUGUGAAAGUAUGUGCAUAGUGCCUAAUAGAAUAUAUAUAAACUAUUUUAAUAAAUAUAGAGAUAUAUCUUAUUCUAAUUUAAUAAUAAGAUUUUUUAAAGAAAAGAUUUUUAUUAAUAAUUAAAUAUUAAUACUUAUGCAUUUCUUCUUUUAAAUGAGAAAAUUGCAAUUUCUUUAUAUAGUUCCUACAAACGUAACAAUAAACUCAAAUUAAUAUCAAAAAGUAAAAUAUUGAUAAUGUUUUUUUAUAAAUAAGAAAAUUCAUGAUAUAUUAAUUUAUAUAGUAAGAUGUAUUUAAGGUAUAAAUAUGUAUAGAUGUAAUUUUAUAGAUAUAUUUUUAUUAAUACUUUAUGUGUUUCUGUAUACAUAAAGUAUAUAUAAUAGUUUUCUAUGAUACUUAUUUAAGAAUAGUUAGAAUCUGCAAUUUAUAUAAAUAUUAUAUUUAUAUUUUUAUCAUCAAUGUAUAAUUAUAUUCAAAAUGACAUUAUAAGUAAAUGGAAAAAAAAAAACAAAGUAUGAAUUUUAUAUAGAUUGUUAAAUUUAAAUGAUCAACUGUUUGCUAGUUAAUAUGCAUUCAUUUUUAUUGAAUUCUUUAAAUCAUUUGAUUAGCUUCCUAUUUUAUUAAUAGUAUAAGCAUCUUCUAACUGAUCUAUUACAACGUUAUAACGUUCCAGGGAAUACCUAAAAUUAUUUAAAUUUAAUAUCUAUAUCUUUUCUAUAAAAAAUACAAUUGAAACCAUGAAUUCACAAUAUUGCACACACCUUUCAUCUACACAAUUUACCAACCAAUAAGAUGCAUUUAUCAUUUUUGUAUAUUGCAUUUUUAAAUAAUAUUUUUUUGUAUAUUGCACAUUCAAGUACUUAGAAAAGGAUUUGAUAAGCGGAUGAUAUGCACCUAUUUCUUUAAUUUUAGUAAUAUUGCAAAUUUCUAUUUCUUCAUCUAAUAUUUUCCACAUCUAUGCACAUAACAAAAUUAUAAGAAAUAAAUAUAUUAAAUAACAACAAUAUAUUUUCUAUCUUGUAAAUACUUCACCUGUAUCCAUUUUUCGUAUAUUAAAUCUUUUAAACACGAUCGAUACUUAAAUCUUUCAAAAGCAUAUAUUGCUUCAAUGCCUUCAUCAAUGUUUUUAAUGUUUGCAAAAAUAUGGUUAAUUAAAUUUUUAAUCAUAUUUUCUAAUUGUAUUAUAGCUAUUUUAAAUUUAUGUAUAGCUAUAUUGCAAUUAGUAUCUUUAAUGUUUAAUAUAUUUUCUUGAAUUGCAAUAAUUUUGUUUAAAUUAUCAUAAAAUAGAUUUUCAAUUUGUUGACAACAUUUUUCAUAUUCUAUUCCUUUUGCACCUCCAAAUGUUUCUUCUUUAGCACAUCUAUGAUAAUAUAAUAAUAAUAUACACGGUAGAAACAGUCAAAUAUUAGAUUUCCUAAAUUAUUACCUUUCAAAAAUAAUUCGUGCAUUACAAAUUUCAAUAAUAUCAUGACAUCUUUGUAUAAAUGCAUUAAUACUAUUAAAAACCAUUUCUUCAUCUAUAUCCCAUAUUCUAUAAGGAUUAAUGGAAGUUGCUAUCUUUUUUACAAACUAUAAAAUAUUUUAAACUUUAAUAUUAAUUUUAAGAUGAAAAAAGAUGUAUUCUUACUUUUUCAUAAACUUUCCUGUACAUUUGACAGGUAGAUAUAGAUUUCUUUAGCAUAUGUAUCCCACUUUCUGCAUCUCCUUUAAUUGCAGUUUCUAUAUCUAUAUAUCUUUGACAUUGAGAUAUUAAUUGCGUACUUAAUGCUCGACAAAGGGACCCUAUAUUAUUUCUAUAAAAAUAUAAAUUUUAUAUUAAUAUCACAUAAUUUUCUAUUGUACGUAUUUUAAUAAAAUAUCUAUAUAUACGUUAUACUAUAAAAAGGUGAUUCCACCCAAAUGAGUAGUAUCAGGAGUAAUAUUUUCGUCACGUUAGCUUCUAUAUUAUCCGAGAUACAUAAAUUUGUACAAUAUUCAGAUAAAAUGUUUAAGUAUAUUAAAUUUGAUGAUGAUUCCAUCAAUGCUUCCUGUAAUUUUCUAAUAAAUAUUGGAAAUGAUUCUACACUAGAUGAAUUCAUAUUUU